AUGCAGUUCACCGUCGCCGUUGUUGCCCUCUUCGCUGGCCUUGCUGCUGCUGUUCCCAUGGGGGAGAAGCGCCAGACCUAUAUCCCAUGCUCUGGACUCUAUGGUACUUCUCAGUGCUGUGCCACUGAUGUUCUUGGAGUUGCGGACCUCGAUUGCGGAACUCCUUCUGACGUUCCCGUAAGCGCUGACAACUUUAGCGCCAUCUGCGCGGAGAUUGGCCAGCGAGCACGAUGUUGUGUGCUUCCGAUUCUCGAGCAAGGAAUCCUGUGCAACACCCCCUCAGGUGUCCAAGAUUAG